UCCUCCUGCCUCCCCCCCUGCCUCACAGCUCCCUCCCCUACGGUCACCGUCUCGGGGCCAGAGCAGGCAACUUCUCGGAGGAUCUAGGAUGCAGUAAUGGAGCCCCCUGGACGAAGGACGUUUAUUGCUCUGUGUUUUUGCGCAGCACUUCUCCCCAUGUCAGAGGUCUCCUCGGAAGGCGUCCACGUUCCGUCAGUACUCCAUGGCGUCAAAGGCAAGUCCCUCCUCCUCUCCAUGGAUACUCAGUACCGCCUGGAUGAGGCUGAGAUCCAGGGAAGCUGGUACCAGACCCCGCCCGGCGGGAGCAAGGAGCUCCUGGUGAGCUUCCACACCUUCCACAACCAGAGCGCUAGCGUGGUGGCCUCCAUGAGACACAGGGAACGCUUCUCCUUCCGGAGCCCAGACGUCUCGCUGCUGAUCCCCAGGCUGGACGAGGCGGCCGAGGGGGAGUACCACCUGGACCUGUCCAUCCAGUUCCCCAACAGGAACGACCUCCUCAGCGUGGAGAGGACAGUCCGCGUCACCGUGGACGUACCAGUGUCCACCCCCGUUAUUGAGAAGAAUCCGUCUUCCACCGUCGUCGAGGACAAGGAGAACGUGACCUGGACCUGCUCGGUGAAGAACGGUACCAGGGUCCGGUACCAGUGGCUGAGGAACAGCGUGCCCCUGGACGCCAGCGAUCGUCAUCGGUUCUCCCAGGACAACUCCACUCUGACCAUAUGCCCGGUGAGGAAGGAGGACAUCGGCCAGUACCACUGCCUGGCCCGGAACCACAUCAGCCAGAGACGGAGCCAGACAAUGGACCUCAGUGUCUUCUACGGUCCCUACAACCUGGCUGUGAGAUCUGACCACGGCUUGCGUACUGGGGAGGUCUUCACGGUGAAUCCUGGCGAGCUGGUGUUCUUCCAUUGCCAGGCCGACUCCAACCCUCCCAACAGCUUUAUCUGGAUCUCCAAGACCAAAAACACCACAGAGGUCAUCGCCGUCGGACAGCGUCUGGAGGUCACGUCCUACAAGCUCGCCCAGGCGGAGGAGUUCCUUUGUAGGGCCUUCAACAAUGUGACCCAGAAGCAGGACGAGACCCAGUUCACCAUGGUAGUCGCCAGCCUGGGGACGGGGAAGGAGAAAUAUUUCCAGGACAGCAGUUCAUUUUCUCCUCUGGCAGGCAUCAUCCUCACCUCUCUGUUCGUCAUCGUUGGCUGCAUAUUGCUGGUCUACUUCAGAAAGACCUGUCAUCCUAAGAGAGUUCUCAUGAACAUCUAUAACAGACCUUUGACAGAACAGAAGCGCCCAAACCGUUCAGGUCACGAGGAUGCAACUGAAGACUUUGGCAUCUAUGAGUUUGUCUCUAUACCUGGGAAAAUGGAAUCUACACAGGCGUCAAGCAGAUCUCUGGCUCACAGAGAGUCGGUCCAGGAUUUGCAUACCACCAUCUAUGACGUUAUCAGACACAUCCCUGAAACUCCCACGCUGGCCACCCAGGGUCUGCUAGUGAGGCACGGCGAGGCCUGAUCACCGGACCAGAGUUCUAAACACCCUCUCCCGCCCAAAUGGAAUCCUGUUUAAAAUACAUAGCUCUACUUUUGACCGGAGACCCAUGAAUACGUACCUUCACCAAAGUCCCAAGCACUUCUCUGAAAUCCCAUGGACAUUGUUCAUCAAUGAAUGAAGCCAAAGAGCUUUGAUGUGUGAAUAACAUAUACCCUUUUGUUUUGAUGACUCUAACGGUAUAUGAUUUAUAUGUCUCUGAGAGUGAGGUUGUUGUUGGAUGUAUUGCGAGUACAGUGGUUCCAAUGCUUCGUUUUUCAAUGUUUUAUUCAGAAGCAACAGGAUAUAGGUUACAUACCGUUACAAGCCAAGUUAUGGGUUGCUUUUUACAACAUCAACUGGAAACUAAGUAGCAACAGUACUUAUCUUUAUAUUUUGAUGCUUACAUUCAUGAAAGGGCCAAAGUAAUGACCCUUGCAUGUACCCGAGAUUCCACAGAGUCUAACAAAUCAAUCAAUCAAUCAAAUUUACCCAUUUGAACCAAACUCUAAGGGGUGGCCAGUCCUCUUCUGGCCAUCACGUGUAUAUCGGUCACCGAGGUGUGCAUGGAUAUAGAGAGCAAAAGAAGUCUACCCGUGGAAAGCUGCAGGAUAUAGACAGCAAGUGACAUUAUUGGCUUCUUUAAUUUGAAAAACUGAAAAAACUAAGUAGAUAACCAAAACUGCAGGUAAGGAGAGAAAUAAGCUAAAUCCCAGACGAAUGUACGUACAAUCAAAGAAGGUUCCCCCACUCCCCUCCCAGGGAGUCAUGACCCCAUAUCCCACCCAGUGCCUUCCCUCUGUCACCUGUUACCUGUUACCCCACAAUCCCCUCGAUCCAUGCUUCCCAUUGCAUCUAGCUGCCCCAUUACCCUCCCCACCUCCCUCCCCAUCUCCCUCCCCACACCGCCAGCUGAAAAUCGCUCCAGAGGGUGUUGAAUUUUGGAAUUUCAAUUUGGAAUUUUAAAUCUUAUGAGAUUUUCUUUUAAAGUACAGGAAAAAUGUAGCACUGUUCCCACGUCCUACUUAUUAUUUUGAAAUAUUUAUUUAAAGGACAACUUUCUGUCUUGAAAAUUAUUUUAUUUUAAAUUUGUAUUUAUAUUCAAUGUGCUUUUUUCUGAGGCUUCUGAUAGGGUGCAAGAAUAUUAAUAUGAAUUAAUGAUCACAUUGCACAUCAAAAAAAAUAUCGAUUUGUUGUUUAACAUUAGUUUGAAACAGAUUAAUGCAACAUCUCUUCUCCAAUGCACUGCAAUUGUUUCAUCUUAUUUUCUAUGCACAGUAUUUCUGUUUUAUUUAAUUAAAGUCCAACGUAUUUCCAUUUAAACAACUGGUAGUUCUUUUCUCAAUAUAGUAUUUUAUUUCAUGUUAACAUCUGUCAAAAGCACUCCACUGAAGUGUAAAAGGAUGGAUCCCCAGUGCUGUUGUCACCCUACAGAGUAUUGUACAGUUUCCAUUACCGAUGUCCAUUUUGUAUUUGAAUAAAGAUUUA